GGACAGGUAAUCCCCCCAUUUUGCAUUUCGACUGGCACCAAGUCAAAUCGUGUUUUGAGUCCGUAGAACAUGGGUGUUUCUGAUUUUUUGUUUGUGUGCUUAUUAGGUGCAUUGCCAGGUCCUCCCUCGGUUUCAAUUAAUGAUGCCAUCGUCCAGCUCUACCCCAUCAAUAAACACAAAUGUCACAAAAUUGAUCCGAUUAGGGACAUCGCGUUUCAGCUCUAUACCGUACACAAUCCUCUGGAAGCACAAAACCUGAUUAUAGGCGAUGAUAAAUUACUCGCGGAAUCUUAUUUCAAUUUCUCUCAACCUACAGUUUUUUACUUCCAUGCUUUCUUCGAGUCCUCCUCCACUACAUCUGCCACUCAAAUCAGAACAGCGUAUUUACAAAGAGGCGGCUACAACAUAAUCCUCUUAAAUGCCCCUCGGCUCGAAGCCGGCCCUUGGUACUACACCGCCGCUAGAAACACCCAAAUCGUAGGUGAAUACACGGCGAAAUUGAUUGAUUAUUUAGUAUCCAGAGGAAUGCACUUGCCCAGUUUGCACCUAAUUGGGCUAAGUCUGGGGGCCCAAAUGGCCGGUGUUUGCGGCCAAAGCGUCAAAAGUGGUCGAAUUUUCAGGAUAACUGGUCUCGACCCUGCGGGACCUUUGUUUAAAAAGUGGCCGAAAAGUUUGCGAUUGGAUAAAGACGACGCGGAAUUUGUGGAUGUGAUUCACUCCGAUGCUGGCAUUUUUGGGUUUCCGAGGUCUUUAGGGCAUGUGGAUUUCUGGCCUAAUCGGGGUAUUUCCCCCCAGCCCGGGUGUACGAAAAGCGAAGUCAAAGUAACUCUUCCUGAUAAUGUGAUUGCACUUCUUUUUUGUAGUCACUGGAGAUCUUAUCAAUUUUAUGCUGAGUCUGUGAUAAAUCCUCAAGGAUUCGUGUCAGUACCCUGCGAUUCCUGGCAGGAUUAUUUGAACGGGGAGUGUAGACCGACCGCACCUGUUUCUAAUAUGGGUUUCAAUGUUGAUUUAAAUGCCCGAGGCGAUUAUUACCUAAGGACGUCGUCACAAUCACCUUUCUCACUUGAAUAAGACUGGAUUUCUUACGGUAGUUAUUCCUGCAGGUAAACCAUAAUCUGAUCUAAUUACCUAAUAGGUAAUUUAAUUCCUUGAAGUAUUAUCUUAAAUACUUAUUAAAAAAAAUAAUUAUAAUAUUAGUACAUGGUGAUUCUGAAAUGUCGGGCCAACUCUCGAAUGGUGAUAGAAGACUUUCAGCAAAGCAUAAAAAUGAAUGCAUAUUAUUUUUCGGGAAAAAAGGGAAAAAACAGAUCUGAGAAUUUCCAUAUUUUAUCAUGUAAGCUCCUUUGUUUCCGAUGUUGUCGGAUUUAAUUUAUUGUUGAAUUUGCUAGUUUGUUAAAUGUUUUGUGCAUAGACUGGUGAUUUUUUUCAACAGAUCUUUCGCGAACUAAAUUCAAGAAAACAUGAAUGUACACAAACUUAACCCAAAAUAUAACCUUUGAAAACUAUAUUUCGUGAAAAAAGCUGAAACAUUUUUUGUCAUGGGAACUUUUAACUCAGUUACAUGUUUUUUUUUUUAUCACUAUUUAUGAGAUGGUCCGAGACUUUUGAAUCAAUCUGUAUAAUAACAUAGUCUUGCGAAAUACUACCUAGAAUAAUUAAUUCGAUACAUGAUUAAUUGUUGUGUUUAAUAUUUACCUAUCUAUUUUAAUUGUACAAAAAGAAAAAAAAAGUUGAAUGUGUAUAGUUUGUAAACAGACAUUUUUCCUAUUAACAAAAAUAGUGAAAAAUAUUAGUCUUGGUAUGUUUAUAGAAAUUUUCAAAAAAAAUGCCUUAAUAUAACAUGUCGUAUAAAAAAUAACGAUGUUGAGUUAGGUAGGUACAUUUUUAAUACUAAUUUAAGAUUUAAAAGCUGGAAUAACUUGUAUCUGUGUUCAUUUAAAAAAAGCUCGCAGUAGGCGAACGUAUGUAAUGUCCACUAAUUAGUUUUAAUUAUUUGUUAUUUUGACAAGUGGAUAAAUGAAUUAAUUAAAGACAUGCAAAAUAUUUGUCAAAACACUCUGGAGUUUUUCUUAAAUGAACACAUGUUUUAACUUUUCAUUUACAAUAAAGUAAAACCAAAGUAAAAAAAUUAAAUUAUAUUUAUAGAAGUAACCAGUAUCAAUAUUUUGCGGUAAUAUUAAGUUACUUAUAAUGUGUAAUUUAUUUGUUAUAAAAUGUGAUAUAAAAAUUUUAAUAAACUGUU